AUGGAUGGCGAUGCUAUUUACCUGACAUCUGAUGACCAACAAAUCUCUACAGCAGAAGGUGAUGAAACUUUCUUCGAUUUAGAAGAUAGUGAUAGACAUAUUACAUUAAAUUUUACAUUGGGUUAUGAAUCCGAAAAAUUAAAUGUCUUCACUGAGUAUAGCACGGGAGAAUUGACGCCAGAUUUUAUAUAUACAUUCAAGAUAGUAAAUCAUCUAAAUAGUGAAUAUUCAUUAAAAAAGGUAAUCAAGAAAAAUUUUAAGCAUAAUCACAAUGAAAGCUUCCAAUUACCAGAUAAACUCACAAAAUCCAACGGAUUCAUUAAAGAUGACCAUAUAACUCUAUCAGUUUCAGUUCUCCUUCGUGAUAACAUCUUAAUCCGAUCGCAAUCCAGUUCUGCAGUUACAAGUCGAUUAAAUUCACCCCAAGUACCGAAAUUUCUUCCAGAAAAAGAGAUAAAUAUCCAAGAAAUACAAGAAAACAUCCCAAAAUUACAGCUAGAUAUUCCAAAACUUCAAACCGAAUCCAAAAACACGAUUUCAGACUCAGAUUCUGAUGUAAUAGAAGUUACAGCCAUUAAAAAGAGUCAUAGACCUUCUUCAAUGACAUUUUCAUCAGAUUCAUCAGAUUCAUUUAAUUUUAUCCGAAAAAACAGUCAAAAUUCGGAGAAACCAAGUCAAACAAACAAAACAACAACAGGAAAAUCCCAAGAAGAUACGAAAAUCCUUCAAAAGAAUUCAAAAAAUGAUGAUGAAAGCGAUUCUUUUGAUUUGGAACUCGAAAAUGACGAAGAAAUCAAAGAAAACAAAAAAGAAAUUCCUUCAAAAUUCGAAACUUCUUCUGAUGAUAUCUCUUUCAAUUUCAAUAGUCAGAACGAUACAAAAAGUGACAUUUUAAAUUCAACAUCAAAUGCACCAUUUAGUGGAUUAAUCAAUAGAGGAACAACAUGUUACAUUAACGUGUGGCUACAGAUACUUUUUCAUUUGCCAAUUUUUAGAUUACAUGUUUUUAAAAGUGACAAUGAAAAUGACAGUGAAUUUUUGAAUAGUUUACGACGGUUAUUUUACAAAAUGAUGAUUGAACCUACAGGUAGUCAGAAUCCCAAGCAAUUGAUUGAUAGUUUUGGCUGGGACACAGGAAUUCUAUCCACACAACAUGAUUCCAUUGAAUUUUUCACUCUUUUGAUUUCUUCUCUUCCGAAUUCUCUCAAAAAAAUUGUCGAUGAUUUGUUCGAGGGAAAACUGAAGCAGAAAAUAUAUAAAGAUGAUAAAAUGCUAACAAAAUCAAACCAGGAUUUUCUGACUUUGUCUUUGGAUGUCAAAACCGCCCAAAAUUUGACAGAAAGUUUACAAAAAUUUUCAGAAAAAGCAAAACUACAAGAUUACAAUGGCCAAAAAGACUGUGAAAUGGAGACAACGAUAAAAAAGCCGCCAAAAAUAUUGAUUGUCCAUUUAAACAGAUUUUCUUUCGAUGAAAAAGGUGUAAUUAAAUUGAAUGAUGAAUUCAAAUUUGAUGAAAAAUUUAUUUACAAAACCGCUGAAUAUCAAUUAUUUUCUGUUAUUGUCCACAGUGGUUCUCCUAACUCAGGACACUACUACUGCUACAUCAAACCUCAGAUGAAAGAUGAUUUUGUAUUGUUUAAUGACACUGAAGUGAAAUUUUGUUCAAAAAGAGAAAUGAUCGAAAAUAAUUUCGGUGGAAAAAUUUUCUCAGCUUACGUGUUAGUUUACAUUUCGACGAUAGAAAUCAAUUCAAUUUUUGUUGAUGUCGAUAUAAACGAAAUUGACAAAACAAAAUUCGAAGAAAUGUUAAAUCUAAAUGUAUUUUUUGACAAAGAUAUCGAUUUCUCUGCAAAAAGUGGUUAUUUAUCGUAUAUUAACCGUUUUCCACUUCACUUGAAAAUACCUGUUUCUGAAACAAUAGAAAACAUUAUUCCAAAACUGAAAAUUAAUCCAAAAAUUGACAAUUUGACAGAAAAUGACAAAUAUUUGUCAAAAAUUGUGUCAGAUUUUAAUGAAGGAAAACUUUUAGAUCUGAAAAACAUUUCUGAAGAGAAUUUAAGAUAUUUUUCUCUUGAAAAUGAAAUUUCUUUGGGAAAUGAAUUGCAAAAAAGUGACAAAAUAUCAGUUUUAGAAGAAACGAAAGGAGUUAUCAUUUUACAGAAUUUUCCAAAGAAAUAUAUUUUCCCUGUUUUGAUUUACGAACCUUCUUUGAUUUGCCCUUUAAGACUCUUCACAAUUUUGAACUUGGAUGAAAUUGACAUAAAAGUAUCAGAUGUAAUUUCAAUAUCAUUUUCUGACAAAUCUGUCAAAACUGACAACAUUUCACUUUCUGUUUCGAAUGCAACACUUUCGUUCAAGACAUUGAUUAAUUCCCAAAAAUUGUCAGAAAUUAAUUUGAAAAAUGGACAAAUUUUUAUUUUGUCAUCGAAAACAGGCAAUUUUGAUCUGGAUAAUACAGUUAAGAACUGUUUUUCUUUUGAUGACAGAUGCAAAUUUAAUAUUUCUUUCGAUGAAAAUCAAAAUAAUUUGACAUUUGACACUUUACAUGAAAAUAUGACAAAUUGUCAGAUUUAUCCAAAGAAGUUAAGUUUAUUUAUGAGUAUAAUGAAAGAAUCAUUUAAGAUCACAUUGACAUUUAACAACGAAAUUACAAAAGAUGUUUAUUUGUUGCCUGAUUGUAAUUUUGGCACUUUUUAUGAUAUUUUGCAGAAUAUUUUUGGAAAAAGAUAUGAAAUAUCGAAAGAAAAAACAACUCUUUUCUUCUUUAGUUCGAAUUCUUUCACUCCUAUUUAUUACAAAUUCGAAGAUUUAGUUCGAAAAUGUCUUUUCCAAAAUAAAUCUUAUAAAGUGAUGUCAAUGAACGGAAUUUCUCUUCUCUCUCAAAAAAGUUUCUUCAGAGUUAUUGCAUUGGUCGUAAACGGACCGAUUAUUGUAAAGGAAAGUGAAUUUUUGGUCACUUCACUUUUCACUGUUGAUGGAAUUUUGGAUGAACUUUAUGAAAGGAAUUUGAUUUCAUCCAAUAAAUACAAAGUUCUUGCUAUGAAAGAGAAUGUUUUUAGAUUUGCUGAUGAAACUGUUUAUGUUUCUUUUUAUUCGAAUCCUUUCAGAGUUUUCAGCAUUUUGUCGAAAGAUGUUUUGAUUUUGACUGUUUUCUACUUCACAAGGGAAAAUUCAACACUGAGGGAAUAUGAUAAGAAACUUCCUUUCCCUGUUGAAAUAAAACCUGCUGAUACUUUCUUGGCUUUGAGAGAACAGUUGAAAGAGAAAUAUCAGUUGGAUACAACUGGAAACAAACUUUUUAAAGUAAGUUACGGAAUUUAUGGAAAUAUUGAAGCUUCCUCUGUAAAUGAUGAUGAAUACAUCAUGAAAGCUGUCAACAUAGAAAAAGAAAGAGUUGGAAUAGAAAUCGUUAUUUCAAACACUCUCAAACUUCAUCAACUUUAA